AUGGCCGGGCUACCAAAGAGGAUUAUAAAAGAGACUGAGCGCCUUAUGGCCGAGCCAGUACCGGGCAUCAACGCUGUUCCCCAUGAGGACAACCUUAGGUAUUUCGAUGUGACGAUUCAUGGCCCUGCUCAGUCACCAUACGAAGGUACACAGCGCUGUUUCCGCGUACAUUCCCCGAGCACGCAAGUUGACUGGUCGAUCAAUAUAGGAGGUAUCUUCAGAGCAGAACUCUUUCUUCCCGAUGACUACCCCAUGACCCCGCCAAAGAUCCGAUUUCUCACGAAGAUUUAUCAUCCUAACAUCGACCGUUUGGGACGGAUCUGCUUGGAUGUUCUGAAAAAUAACUGGUCUCCGGCUUUACAAAUCCGAACGAUUCUUCUAUCUAUUCAAGCUUUACUAGGCGCUCCUAACCCCGAUGACCCUUUAGCCAACGACGUUGCCCAAAGGUGGAAGGAGAACGAACCAGCGGCGAUCCAGACAGCCAGAGAGUGGACACGAACUCAUGCAAUGGAUUAG